AUGUCGCCCCCGCGCCGCCGUUCAGCGCGUCUCGCCUCUGGCACCACGCCCAAGAGAGGCAGAGCCUCCCCCUCACCCCAAUUGACAUCCCUGACCGAGCGCGACGAAUCUUCCGAGGAGCAGACCACCCAAAGCAUCGACGCCAUGAUGUCUUCACCUAGGCCCAUUCCUCGAACCCCCAUGGGCCCGACAUCAGUCAAGCUUCCCAUGUCCGAGAUGCAUCCCAGCAAGGUUCACCCUACCACAGCCGCGCCUUCAUCUGGCCUCAAGCUUGGCUUCACCGAUAUCGAGAAAUCCAAACAUCAAGCGCCUGGCAUGAACCAGACCACCCCCUCCAAGACCCCAUUGCCCAAAUCUGAAUUCACCUUCCGUCAUGCUGGACCCAAUAUCGAUGACACACUGGGACCCGAGGCUCGGAGAAUGAUGGACGAGCUUCGUGAGGAAGCCGCUAGAAUCAAGGCUGAAUUGCGCACGCAGGAGCAAUCCAAACAGCGAGAGUCUAGCGACGGGCGGAAGAUCGCGCCGGCCAAGGGUAGGGCUGGUCGCUUCAGCGCUGUUCACAUGGCGGAAUUCAAGAAGAUGGACUCUAUUCAGGGACAUCCUUCGGCAUUCCGUGCCGUUCCCGGUCGGAUCACCCCCAUGAAAGCUGGUAUUAAGCGAAGCCAGUCCAAGGCUGACCUCGACGAACGUGAUUCAUCACGAUCAAUGGCAGCUCCCCCUCGUCCGGCGCUGAAAAUGCCCAAGCAGCACCACGAGGAGCCAGAGCCUUCCUCGAAACGUGUGAGACAGCGACUGGAAGACGAUGCGUCCACCCUCCGACCCAUCUCGAGAGAUGGAACCUCUAUCCCACGACCCAAAAGCAGUGGCAACGACUCUAUCCGCAGCGGCUUUCCUCGAUCCCAGACCCACGGUAAUCUUAUGACGCCUACCAAGUCUUCCCUCGCUAAGUCGACGGCUUCCCAAACUCCUACCGUAACCCUGGUCAAGUCACCUAGCAAACCCGAGCUCGGGAGACUCGCAAGAUCCCCGAGCAAGCCCGAGCUUGGUGGUCUGACUAGGUCUCCCAGCAAACCCGAGCUCGGUGGUCUGGCUAGAUCUCCCAGCAAACCGGAUCUCGCGAGCUUGGUUCGAACUCCGAGCAAGAAAGGGUUCGGUGGUAGUCUGAAGAAAUCAGCUACCACCAGCAACCUCCCCACGCCUGCUGAUAUGCCCACCCGGGUCCAAACACCCGGUCGAUUUGAUAGAGUCAAGUCGAUCUUGAAGCGACAGCUGAGCGCAAAAUCCAAGUCCGGCAUUCCACAUUUAGCUACCCCUUCCUCAAAGACGUCUAGUCAACAGGCAGCCACUGAUAAGGAGUUGCCUACCGCGCCCCUUACGACCCCUGGAAGGAAGUACGAUCGCCAUGUGGAUUUCACACCUGAGACGAAGCGAGCCGCCAUGGCCCAGGAGUCACCCUCACCCGUCAAAUCUAGUCUGCCGCGAUCAAAGACCCUUACUAAGCUUCCCGCCCCCAACUUUGGCAAGUCCACCAACAGCAAGGGCUCUGCGGCUGGAGUCCAAUAUCCCGACCUCUCGGCUUACAACGAGGACACGAAUGAGGACACGAAUGAGGACAAGCCUGAUGAUAUGAAGGAGGGUUUGAACGAGGCUGCCAAUGGAAACAAGGCCAAGCCCUUGCCUCCGUCAGUGCCGGGCACGUUCACGUUCCGAAGUGAUCAUACGAUACGCUUUGAUAGCACUUCCCCGUCCGGAUUUGGUGGAUCUUCCGGCCAAGCUAGUCUUCGACACGUUCGCGAGCACGCGAUUCCUAAAUUCCGCAUGCCGGGCAGCUUUCCGUCUGCGGGGGAGCGAUCGCCGAACAAGGAGAACAUGGCCCCAGGCGUAGGAUCAGGAUUCCCCCACGGAAUGACCAACAAGAAGCGCCACAGAGUCAGCUGGGAAGACGAAGAUGACGAGGAAGACGAGGGGUCCAAGCGUGGUGCGAAGAAACUACGAAAGGACCCGCCCGUAGCUGAGGGAUAUGCCUUGGUCGCACCUCGACUCAUGGGCAUGGAGUCCCCCGCUAAGAAGGCCAAUCGCUCAUCCCACACGCCUAGCCCACAGAAGAAGUCCGGCGGCAUAAGCCUCAGCAGACUCAACAUGCUCGCUCGGCCUAAGGUGUGCGGCGAGGUCGUCUGCCGCGGCGACGAGACCGUCAGCCUAGGGUGGUGCUUCUGGCACCGCGCCUGCUACGGCUGCCUGCUGUGCGGGAGCCGGCUCGUGGUAACGGCGCCGACGGUGGCGCAGCUGUUCCUGCGGGAUGGCGUUGGCGAGGAGCUGGAGGGGGGUGGUGCGGAUGCUGGGGAAGGGGAAAGAGAGGGAGACGAGGCCGGUCUGGGCCUGGGGCGCGGUUGUUGCGAGAUUACGGAUAUUCCCAUGUGCGCCAACUGCGUCGUCGGCUGCGAGACAGACGACCGGCACACGGUGACGCAGAAGGCGCUGCGGAGGGUCGACAGGGUGGACGGCGGGUUGAGCCGCAAGAGGUGGGAGAGGCGGGAGUCCAUUAUCAAUGCCAAGGGAGCGAUCAGGAGGGGGUAUUCAGAGCAUCGACCGCAACUGCAACCCUCGCCCCUCGACCCUCAACAACGCUCCCGUUGGACAGGAGACGGAGCCAACAGCGGCUCAGGCCAGUCGCCGGCGAACAAUGGGCUCUGCACCGUCCCCCUGGACUCGGCCAUCUACAUCUCGAUCCUCGUCCCCAUGGGCGAGCCCGCCUUCAAGCCCAACCCCACGAAACCGAUACCGCGCUGGAUGCAGCUGCUCCCGGGCCAUGGAAGACGGCACAGACGCCACGAACCCCGACCGCACUCGGUCCUCGACGAGCACUUCGCUUCCCCAUCCACCUUUACGGUAGACGACCCGGCCUCGGCGCCGUACACGGUCUGCCCCACGAGCCGUACACAGACACCACACACGGGCCGCCCGACGAGCCGCACAGAGACGCCGCAAACGGUGUUCCCAAGGAGCCGCUCGCAGACGCCAAAGCUGCGACGCCGCAAGUCCCACGAUUCGAUCGGCUCACACUACUCCGAGCGCGAGAGCGCCGUCGACCCACUGUUCAAGGACAUGCCGCCGUUCAGAGACACGCCAUUCAGGGACAGCCCGUUCAGUGACAAGCCGUUCAGGAACAGCCCCUUCAAGCCGUCCAGGGGCCUCUCCUUCGUAACCGACGAGCCCCUAAAGCGGCCGUCCUCGCGCCUCGCGCAUACUCUGAGCAGCAACAGCGAGGACAGCCGACCAAGCUACCGCCGUGCAGAGUCCUCUUCCUCGACUAUUCGAUACCUCCAGACACACCUCGAGACGCCUCCCACCACCACCAACCAACCCCAGCUGGGUCUCUACCAACCCCGCCAGUUCUCGCCCGGGCAGUUCUCACCCCUCGGAUCCGGGCACGAUGUACCACCGUCUGUGAAGACGAUCGCGGCAGAACCACCCCAGCCGUCUCCGCAGGAGCACCCGAAGCGUGCCGCCUCCCCGCUCACGGAGCACAUCACAGCGCAGCUGCAGCGCCACGCGCAACGGACGCCGCCCGCGCAGUCGCGCGAGUUCCUCAAUCUGUACCGGCCGAGCGGCGGGUCGACGCGGAUGACAAACACCACCACCACCACCACCAAAUCGACCGCUGUCGCGGGACGCAGCAGCGCGAGGCUGAUGGGCGAUGGAGGACGGCCGUACCGGGAGUUGAAUGUGCGCUCGUCGAUUGUGAGUCUGAAACCGAGUCUGGACCACGACGUCGUGGGCACGGCGGAGACGCCGCGCCCAGUGGCGCGCAAGAGGUCGAGUUUGCAGGCGGAGCUGCGGAAGAUCUUUUGGGGGAGGGGUGGUGGUGGUAGUGGUGCUGUUACCGGUGCUUGA